GGGCGCGGCGAGCAGGAUGGCUGCACAGCUUGGCCCCCACGAGCUGGUGCACGUCUUCUCCUUCCUAGAGGCUGGCGACCUGCUGCGCGCUGCGCAGGUGAACAAGGUCUGGAAUGAGGUUUCAAUGACCAAGGAACUGUGGAGGCAGCUGUGUCUGAGACGCUGGGCCUCCUGCAAAGCCUUCCCAGUGGUCGUGGGUACACAGACAUGGAGGCAGUACUAUUUCUGCCGGUCUGAGCUGGAGUUCCGCGUGGAAUCUGGGCGGCCGCAGGACUUCAUCUGCAAAGCUAUUUCUGGGCACACAGGAAAGAUAGAUCAGCUGGCCUAUGCCACACCCCACGAGUACCGCUUUGAUGAGAGGGCAAAGUCCGUGGUUUGCACUGUGUCUUCAGACUGUACCGUGCGUGCCUGGGACCUGCAUGAGGGCACAGAGAUCUGGUCCAGCCCUGUGCAGCCUGCUCCUCUGAUGAGUUUGGUGGCCUAUCCUCUGCAGCAGCUGGUGGUCACAGUGGACACACAGGGCUUGAUCACUGGGUGGAAGGCGGAGACUGGGUCUCUGUGGGCCUCAUUCUGCCUUCCAACCUUCUGUUCUUCCAUGGAGGCCUGCGGCCACUCAGAGGGCCCCUUCCUGAUGGUAGCCUGCGCUGAAGGGAACCUCUAUACUCUGACAGUACCUCAGCUGCAAGUGGUCUCCAAAGUAGCCACAUUUUCUCAUACCUCUGUGAGCCUCACGUGCUCACCUGACCAAUACUGGGUAUUUGUGUUUGCACAAGAAUCAGACUUAGGUCCAAAGGUGUUCUAUACUCAGUCCUUGCUCUACCCAUCCGAAGACGGGAUUCCUGUCUCGACCAGCCUCCCUGUCAGGCUGAGUUCCAGAGCCUGCUGGGCUCCUGAGGAGGCAGCCAGGCUGAUGGUGAUGCACAGAGAUGUCAGAGGCAUGCAUCUGGUCAUCACUACCUUCGAUUUAAAGGCCAGCAAGUCCAGGGACAGAGUGAGCAUCCUGGAACAACAGCUGGCUAGCUUCCCCUUGCCGGACACUAUGACUCCUCACCUCAUGCAGGGCCACGGCUCCCAAGUGAUCCUGCUGGCCUCCAGGUCAGAGCUGGUGCUAUUCACCAUCCACGGCCUGCAGCUGGUGGCCUUCCAGGACCACUAGAGGCCCAUCACGUCGAUGUGGGUGGAUCCGACCCGUGUCAUCACCUCUUCCUUGGACCUGUCCCUGCGUGUCUAUGUGUGGAAUAAGAAGAAUACAUGUCCUGUCCUCAAGAGCUGCUAUCAGUUGCUUGGGGGAUCUCACAGAUGGUCCAGUGGAUUUACCCAUGUGAAAAGUGACAGCAUGAGCAUCGCUGGGGUUGAAGCCAGAAGCAAUGGAACAAGUAUUCUGAGGUCAUAUUGCUACAAAGUCCAGCUUAGCUAGACUCCGCCAGUUGAAGAUGCUCUUGCUUUGUGUGCAUGCAAACACCUUACCAAAGAUGCUGUCAAACUGGUAGGAUGACUACUGUCUGAUCACAGUGAGCCACUGGAGUAUUUUCUGUUGUCUUGUUUGUCUUGCUCAGAAAAACAAAGGAGAAUAAAUAAUCAUCUUCAACCAGUCUUCCAGAUGCUAAGCAACGUGCCUAAGGCUUCUCAGACCACUGGACACAGAAGGAGUAGACUGUGACAGAGCUAGAGAACCUGCUUACUUACAGUGUCAGGAUUGCAACAGAGUUGUUUUUGUUAUCCAGAAUGUCAUUAAAAUAUGUUUAGAAUGAAUUCUGUGAGACCAUCACAAAAACUCAAGGGUACCAACAAGACAGAACAAAGAGGACAGCUUUAGAGCCCGUCACCAUGGGAGCCCUGGCUGGCUUAGUUAGUGAAUUGCAAGUAGUAUGUGCUAACAGUCACCCACCAAAACCCAAAAUGGAACUUGGUGGAAGUCAAUAGAGCAUCUCACUUUCAAAGAGAAGGCUGGAAACUACGAUGGAGCAAAGCAGAAUGGCAGCAGGAGACAGCCAGGCCUGCUCAGUUCUGGCUCUCUGUACCCUCUGCAUUUCCCUCAGGCUCUGUCUUCUGCUACCACUGAACAGGUACCGGACGCCUCCAUGGAAAUCACUUCCCAGCUGCUCCUGAGGGAGAUUCAGAGUGUUGUGUGUGUGCACAUAUAUAUGUCCAUGUUUUUGUGAUACGCGGUCUUUGGGUCACAGGUCCACACAUAGAAAGGAAAAGCCUGAUUCCUUCAGAUGCAGGAAGUACCUCCAACUAAGACUCACAUAAUGGAGAUUUGUCUAUCUUGAAUUUUUCCUUGUUUAAAGAGUAAAGACAGGAAUUUCAGACUGCUUUGCCUAAUAUCGGAAUGCACCCUAUUCAUUACAUUAAACCUUUAGCAACAAUGUCUAGAUACCAUAGAUGAUCAUGGUCAAUGUAGGACAUAGAUGAUUGUGGUAAUGCCGUAAGGGUGCCUGCUUUUCUAUGCUGAGCUGGCCCUGCCCUUCGCUGGACCUAAGAUAGCUGGCCCUGACCCUUGAGAACUGCCUCCUUUCCCCUGCACUUGGAAGAGAUGGCCCCAUUCCUCGCCAUGGGCAGGGGAGAGCUGACCCUGAUGGCAUGGGCAUGGAGAGCUGGCUCUCCCCUUGCCUGAGGGGGCAGCCCCAGUGGCCUGGACUGACCAGCUCAACUACCACCCAGGCCCACAGCCAACUAACAUCUACCCUAUCUAGGACCUGCUAGAACCCGUGAAGGGACUGGUCCUGUGGAAUAAUAACCACAGGAUCUCCAUGACUCGGGGUGACUGCAGGAGAUCUAAGAGUUUUGGUGAGGAUCCAAUGAUGAUGGUGUCCCAGAAACCAGAGGCUUUGAA